AUUCAACUCAAAUGAUAUUGAAUUAAAAACUCAAAAAUUCUUAUGUUUUGGUAGUCCACCAAAUUCAAAUGAAUUAAAAUAUCUACAAAGCAACUUAAAUUAAAUAAAGUUCUAAACUAAUAGUUAAUGCAAAUUAUUAUCAAUUCAUAUCUAUAAGUUCUUAAUCAGAUAUUAAUAUAAUUAGGAAUAUUAGAAAACUUAAACCUGCACCAAUAAAUAAAUCCGAAAUAACGCUAAGUUAUUAAAGAAAGAAAGAUUGAGGCAUAACAUCUAAACAUUCAUUACUCCAUUUAAAUUUAAUUGGAAAAAGCAACUUCUGAUAAAAUAGAAGAAAUGAUAAGAAUGGGUGAGAAAAAUUGAAGUGGAGAAG